AUGGCCACGACGAUCAGCAACAGCAGCGCGGCGAUGACGACGACGACGAUGAAAAAAAAUCAUCAUCGCACGUCUUAUCGAUUUGGAGGAAGAUCUUCUGUUUCCAAUGCGAACAACGGGUUGAGAGCAGCAGCGGCGAACAAAAGAACGAACAGAGUAAAUAUCAUAACGAGAGCAUCCGGAGCAGAAGAUAUCAUCAUCGUCGACGACGCGUCGUUCGAGAAAGAAGUGUUGCAAUCGGAGACUCCGGUCUUAAUCGAUUUCUGGGCCACGUGGUGUGGGCCGUGCAAGUUAAUCAGCAAAGUGGUGGAGAAAGCGGCGCCGGAGUUUAAAGGGAAUUUGAAGAUUGUGAAAAUAGAAACGGAUCCAAACCCAAUUUUAGUGGAGAAGUACGAGGUGUACGGGUUGCCGACGUUGAUGGUGUUUAAAGAUGGUCAGCCGGUGAAAGGGAGUAAACGAGAAGGCGCCAUCAACCUCGCCAAGUUGAAAGACUAUUUGCAGUCGCACGGCAUCUCGCCGGCGUAA